UACUUAGUGUUUAAAUUUGGUUUGAGCUUGUAUAUAAUUAACUGUAAGAGAAGUUAAAGCUUUUAAGAUGAACAUGAACAUGGAAGUAGAUGGGGAAGUGCGAAGGCACAAUAGCUUUACGAGCCCAAAUACUCGUGCACCGGUUGCAAGGAGAUUAGGGAGAGAACGAUGUCGAAGUUAUCACGCGCAAACACCUGAGGCUGACAAAAAUCUAAUUCGUAAAAGUGCACCUAUGAAAAUUGUGCCUAAAAUGUCGUUUAGAGUGGUGCGUAGUUCUAAAUUUCGCCAUGUGUACGGGCAAGCCCUCAAGCGGGAGCAGUGUUACGAUAAUAUUAGGGUGUCCAAGAGUUCUUGGGACUCGACGUUCUGCGCCGUGAACCCCAAGUUCCUGGCCAUCAUCGUGGAGUCCGCGGGAGGCGGCGCCUUCAUCGUGCUGCCCCACAACAAGGUCGGCCGUAUCCCAGCAGACCACCCACUGGUUGGAGGUCACAAGGGCCCCGUAUUGGACAUCUCCUGGUGCCCCCACAACGACAAUGUCAUCGCCAGUGGCUCUGAAGACUGCGUCGUCAAGGUGUGGCAGAUCCCAGAUGGCGGGCUCUCGCGGACGCUAACGGAGCCCGUAGUGGAUCUGGUGUUCCACCAGCGGCGGGUCGGGCUCGUGUUGUGGCACCCGACAGCGCAGAACGUCCUGUUGACGGCCGGCUCCGACAAUCAGAUUGCGAUAUGGAAUGUGGGUACCGGCGAGGUUCUGAUCACUCUGGACUGCCACCCCGACCUCAUCUACUCGGCGUGUUGGAAUUGGACCGGCAGCAAACUGCUCACUACGUGUCGAGAUAAAAAAAUACGCAUCAUCGACCCCCGUAAGGGUGAGGUGGAGUCGGAGGCGCUCGCGCACGAGGGCAGCAAGGCCUCGCGCGCCAUCUUCCUCAAACAUGGACUGGUUUUCACUACCGGUUUCAGUCGCAUGUCGGAGCGGCAAUACUCGCUGCGCACCCCGGAUGCGCUCGGCGAGCCCAUCGUGACGGUGGAGAUCGACACCAGCAACGGCGUCAUGUUCCCGCUGUACGACCCAGACACCAACCUCAUCUACCUGUGCGGCAAGGGCGACUCGGUCAUACGGUACUUCGAGGUAACCCCGGAACCGCCGUUCGUGCACUACAUCAACACCUUCCAAACGCCGGACCCGCAAAGAGGUAUCGGCAUGAUGCCUAAGCGAGGCUGCGAUGUUGCUACGUGUGAAAUUGCCAAGUUCUACAGGCUUAACAACUCUGGCCUGUGUCAAGUGGUAUCAAUGACGGUGCCCCGCAAGUCGGAGCUGUUCCAGGAGGACUUAUACCCGGACACGCUCAGCGAUGAAGCAUCUCUUACAGCCGACGAGUGGGCCGGCGGCGAGGACGCGGAGCCCUGCACCAUGUCGCUCAAGGGCGGCUACGUGUCGGGCCGCACCGCGACCCAACUCCACGUGACCAAGAAGGCCAACGCGCUCGCGGGUGCGAAAGAGAAGGAGCGCGACAAGGACCGGUCCCCGACUCCUGCGCACAAGAGGGACGACAGUCAGUGCGUCACACCGGCCAGCGCGACGCCUCCACCGGCGGUUACUGCCGUCAUUGAGAAACAGCUCUCCGACCUAAUGGACGAGAUCCGGAAACUGAAAUCCGUGAUAGUGAAACAAGAGAACCGCAUCCGAGCGCUCGAGGCCACCGUGAAGGAGGUCGCCGUGAAGGCGCCCCCCUCCCCGCAGCCCUCGCCGCAACCCUCCCCGCAGCCCAACCACACCGAGAACAUGGCGCCCGACGAGGUGUGAGCGCGGCUGGGACAAACGAGGUCUGUUAGAAAUGUCGCUGGCUAAACAUUCAAUUGCUGUACAACAGGGAGACUUUUGUUAUGUGUAUUUUUAUAAAAU